AUGCCAGACUGGCGAUCUCAGUACCUUGCCAACUUGCACGAGGCCGAGUUUCGCAACCCGAUCAAUAAGGAUAUAGUCUCAGCAUGCUCCCAACUAGCAGACCGCGUCGCCGCCCUCGAGGCGGAAAAGGCAGUAUUGGAACAAAAAGUCCAACAACAACCACCUUCCAUCACCAUCGACAACACCAGCCCCGGCAACGCCGCCUCCUCAGACACGACUGCAACAGCACAGCUCCGACUCGACCUAGCCGAAGCCCUGCGGUCUCGGGGCCAACUCCAAGCCAAACAACGCAGCGCCGACACGGAGCUGACCACGCUGCGGGCCAAGAGCAAGGCCGACGACCGGCGCGUGCGCGAGCUGACAGCAGAGCGCAACAGCCUCGCCGCCAAGUUGCGCGACCGAACCGAGGAGCUGGUCGGCAAGAACCGCCUGCUCAAGGAUGUUCAAGACGACAACCUGACACUCAAUAUCCAGCUCGACGUGCGCGAGAACGAGUGCAAGAAGAUCAAGGCUGAGAACAAGGAGCUCGUCGACCGCUGGAUGAAAAAGAUGGAGAAGGAGGCCGAAGCCAUGAACCUUGCCAACGAACCACAGGCAAACGGGAGAAAGAGGUGA